AUGGGACCAGACAAUACAUCUCAAAUAUUUCCAAACUCCUUCUUGCUGAUGGGCAUCCCAGGACUAGCACACCUGCAUGUCUGGAUUGGGAUUCCCUUCUGCUCCGUGUAUGUGGUGGCAGUGGUUGGGAAUGUGACCAUGCUGGCUGUGGUGAGGGCAGAGCGAAGUCUCCAUGAGCCUAUGUUCCUCUUUCUGUGCAUGCUGUCCAUCACUGACCUGGUCCUCUCCACAUCUACAUUGCCUCACAUGCUCUGUCUCUUCUGGCUCAGAGCCCAUGACAUUAUUUUUGAUGCUUUCCUGGCCCAAAUGUUCUUCAUUCACAGCUUUACUGCCAUGGAGUCAGGCUUCUUCCUGGCCAUGGCCAUUGAUCGUUAUGUGGCCAUCUGUGAUCCUCUACACCAUGCAUCAAUCCUCACCCAUGGUCGCAUUGCCAAAAUGGGAGCUGCUGUGAUCCUCCGGGGAGUGGGCUUCUUUUCUCCACAUCCCAUCCUGCUCAAGCACCUCCCCUACUUCAGGACUCAAAUCAUUGCCCACACCCGCUGUGAAUUUAUGACAGUGGUGAAGCUGGCAUGUGUGGACACAGAGCCACCAAGUGCUACAGCCUCAGCAUAG